AUGAGGAGCUGCUGCCUGUUGGCGCCCGAAGCCCCCGCGCCGCGCGCCCCGCCUCUGCCCACCAUGCCCGCUGCCCAUGCCGACCAGAGCCCGCGGAUCCGGGAAGUUUGGGCUUGCAACCUGGACGAGGAGAUGAAGAAAAUGCGACCCGUUAUCCAGCAGUACAAUUACGUAGCUAUGGACACGGAGUUCCCAGGUGUGGUGGCCAGACCCGUGGGGGAAUUCAGAAGCUAUGCCGACUACCAGUAUCAGCUGCUGAGAUGCAAUGUGGACUGGCUGAAGAUCAUCCAGCUGGGACUGACGUUUAUGAAUGAGCAAGGAGAGUGCCCUCCAGGAACCUCCACGUGGCAGUUCAAUUUCAAAUUCAAUUUGAAGGAGGACAUGUAUGCGCAAGACUCCAUCGAGCUCCUCACCAUGUCAGGGAUCCAGUUCAAGAAGCACGAGGAGGAGGGCAUCGAGGCACAGUAUUUUGCGGAGCUCCUGAUGACAUCAGGAGUGGUGCUGUGUGAAGGGGUCAAGUGGCUCUCCUUCCACAGUGGUUAUGACUUUGGCUAUUUCAUCAAGAUCCUCACCAACUCUCCCUUGCCCGAAGAAGCCCACGACUUCUUCGAGAUCCUUCGACUCUUCUUUCCCGUCAUCUAUGACAUCAAGUACCUCAUGAAGAGCUGCAGAAACCUCAGGGGUGGACUGCAGGAAGUGGCCACUCAGCUGGAGCUGGAGCGCAUUGGCUCCCAGCACCAGGCGGGGUCCGAUUCCUUGCUCACGGGUAUGGCCUUUUUCAAAAUGAGAGAAAUGUUCUUCGAAGACCACAUUGACGAUGCCAAGUAUUCUGGAUACUUGUAUGGCCUUGGUUCUGGGGCAUCCCACGUCCAGAAAAAUGCCCAGAACAGUGGCCAGAACACUGUCCAGAGCAGCUUCCAGAACACCAUCCAGAGUAGUUUCCAGAACAGCUACCCAAGCAGCUACCCUAGCAGCUUCCAGAACAGCUACCAGAACAGUUUCCAGAACAGCUACCAGAACAGUUUCCAGAACAGCAUCCAGGAUGUCCAGAAUGUCCAAUAUGUCCAGUAUGUCCAAUAUGGCAGAGAACCAGUAUGGAGAGGAGACCAGCAAACAUUCAUGAGCAUGCAAGAUAUGCCGCCAUUUGAGGUUGAGGACCAUCAAUUCUACCCCUAUGGAGAGUGA